UCCCAAACGCUGGCGCUGCCUGGCAGGCUGGCUGGCUCGGUGCCUCCCCUGAGUUCCAUCUCCUGUCAUGCCGCCGCCGCAGUAGAGCUAACGAGCCACGGGUAGCAUGCGCCGCGGCCUGCGUCGCGGGUUGGGCAUCCUCCUCGUCCCGCUCCCGCACGCACCCAGCCGCCUGCCGCCGAUCUCUCUCGCGGCUCUCCUCCCCCGACGCUUCAAUGGCUUCUCCCGCCACUCCUUCUGCAGCUUCCCCGUCGGGGAGCGCGCCGUCGAGCAGUUCUCAGACGACGAAUACGACCACGAGUACGAGGACCUCCGGCCGUCGUCAUCGGUGGCGAACAUCGACGAGUGGAGGUGGAAGCUGAGCAUGCUGCAGCGCAACGCGGAGGAACAGGAGAUCAUCUCCAGGGACCGGAGGGACCGCCGGGAUUAUGACCAGAUAGCCAACCUCGCCAAGAGGAUGGGACUCUACAGUGAGAUGUACGGACGGGUCGUGGUUGCGAGCAAGGUACCACUGCCGAACUACAGGCCUGAUCUGGAUGACAAGCGGCCGCAAAGAGAGGUGGUAAUCCCGCUGGGUUUGCAGAGGAGAGUUGAAGGACUUGUGCAGGAGCACCUAGACCGCGCAUUCUUACCACUGAAUAAAUGUGGUGGCAACACAAAAAAUGGCUCUGACAUGACUGAGAAUGCGAACCUGGAUGAGCAGCAUGAUUCCCUUCUUGAUCGGUCAGUCAUGGAGAAGAUACUUCAGAGGAAGAGCAUUCGGAUGCGGAAUUUUCAGAGAAGUUGGCAGGAAUCACCCGAAGGUGCUAAGAUGCUAGAAUUCCGGAGAUCCCUUCCAGCAGACAAAGAAAAAGAAAGGCUUCUAGCAGCCAUUGCACGCAAUCAGGUCAUUGUAAUUUCUGGUGAGACAGGGUGUGGUAAAACAACACAGCUGCCUCAGUUUGUAUUGGAAUCAGAAAUUGAGUCUGGUCGAGGGGCUUUUUGUAACAUAAUUUGUACACAGCCACGAAGAAUAUCUGCAAUGGCAGUUGCAGAAAGGGUAUCCACAGAGAGAGGAGAAAAUCUUGGUGAAUCGGUUGGCUAUAAAGUCCGAUUGGAGGGAAUUAAGGGGAAAGAUACACAUUUGCUUUUCUGCACCAGUGGCAUCUUACUAAGACGCUUACUGAGUGACCGAAACUUGAAUGGUGUGACUCAUGUAUUUGUUGAUGAGAUACACGAAAGGGGCAUGAAUGAAGAUUUCCUGUUGAUUGUACUAAAAGAGCUGUUAUCACGUCGCCGUGAUUUGAGGCUGAUAUUGAUGAGCGCUACUCUAAACGCGGAACUCUUCUCAAGUUAUUUUGGAGGAGCGCCAACUAUCCAUAUUCCUGGGUUCACACAUCCAGUAAGGGCACAUUUUUUGGAAGACAUAUUAGAGAGGUCAGGCUACAAGUUGACCUCAAGCAAUCAACUUGAUGAUUACGGGCAAGAUAAAGUCUGGAAAACUCAGAGACAGCUAUUGCCUAGAAAAAGGAAAAAUCAAAUUACUACACUUGUCGAGGAAGCCCUUAAAAAUUCAAGCUUCGAGAUCUAUGGCUCCAGGACACGUGAUUCUCUAGUGAAUUGGAAUCCUGAUUGCAUAGGUUUCAACCUCAUAGAGGCUGUUCUGUGCCACAUAUGUCGCAAAGAGCGACCUGGUGCUGUUUUAGUUUUCAUGACUGGAUGGGACGAUAUUAGUUGCUUGAAGGAUCAACUGAAAGCACAUCCAUUGUUAGGUGAUCCGAAUAGGGUUUUUCUGCUUGCAUGCCAUGGUUCUAUGGCUACUUCUGAGCAGAGGCUAAUUUUUGAGAAGCCACCUCCUAAUGUUCGGAAGGUAGUCCUUGCCACAAAUAUGGCAGAAGCAAGUAUUACAAUAAAUGAUAUCGUUUUUGUUGUUGAUUGUGGUAAAGCAAAGGAAACCACAUAUGAUGCUCUAAACAAUACUCCAUGCUUACUCCCCUCAUGGAUUUCGAAAGCUUCUGCCCGUCAGAGGAGGGGUAGAGCUGGCCGUGUGCAACCUGGAGAAUGCUACCAUCUGUACCCUAGAUGUGUGUAUGAUGCAUUUGCAGACUAUCAGCUUCCAGAGCUUCUUAGAACUCCUUUGAAUUCAUUAUGUCUGCAGAUAAAAAGUUUGCAAGUUGGAAGCAUUGGGGAGUUCCUAUCAGCUGCUCUACAGCCUCCAGAACCACGAGCUGUCGAGAAUGCAGUGGAAUUCUUGAAGAUGAUUGGAGCAUUAGAUGGAAAUGAGAACCUUACUGAUCUUGGACGAUACCUUUCCAUGCUUCCAGUUGAUCCAAAAUUGGGAAAGAUGCUCAUAAUGGGUGCAGUUUUUCGAUGCAUAGAUCCUAUACUUACUGUAGUUGCUGGGCUUAGUGUUCGGGAUCCUUUCCUGUUACCACAGGAAAAGAAGGAUUUGGCAGGAACAGCAAAAGCUAGAUUCUCAGCAAAGGAUUAUAGUGAUCAUAUGGCCCUUGUUCGGGCUUAUGAAGGAUGGAAGGAUGCAGAGAGAGAAGGGUCUGCUUAUGAAUACUGCUGGAGAAAUUUCCUUUCUUCUCAAACACUACAAGCCAUUCACUCUCUCCGGAAGCAAUUCAGCUAUAUUUUAAAGGAUUCCGGUUUGAUAGACUCUGAUGGGAAUACAAACAACAGUUUGAGCCAUAAUCAAUCAUUGGUCCGCGGUAUUAUAUGUUCUGGGCUUUUUCCUGGGAUAGCAUCUGUUGUGCAUCGAGAAAGCUCCAUGUCCUUUAAGACCAUGGAUGACGGGCAAGUUCUUCUUUAUGCUAAUUCAGUGAAUGCAAAAUAUCAGACCAUCCCAUAUCCAUGGCUGGUCUUUGGUGAGAAGGUGAAGGUGAAUGCUGUCUUCAUCCGUGAUUCAACCGGAGUAUCAGACUCCAUAUUGAUUUUGUUUGGCGGUGCUGUAGCAAAAGGAGGCAUGGCCGGGCACUUGAAGAUGCUCGAUGGCUACAUUGAUUUCUUCAUGGACCCCAGCCUGUCUGAAUGCUACCUGCAACUUAAAGAAGAACUCGAUAAACUUAUACAGCAGAAGCUUGAAGACCCAAACUUCGACAUCCACAAGGAAGGCAAGUACAUCCUAUUCGCCGUACAAGAGCUCGCCGCCGGCGACCUGUGCGAAGGGAGGUUCGUGUUCGGCCGCGAGACGAGCCGGGCCCGGCUCCGGAGCCCCGAGGACGACGGCAAGAGCAACCUCAUAAAGGACGGGAUGAACCCCAAGAGCCUGCUGCAGACGCUGCUGAUGCGGGCCGGCCACACCCCGCCCAGGUACAAGACGAAGCACCUCAAGACGAACGAGUUCAGGGCCGUGGUGGAGUUCAAGGGGAUGCAGUUCGUGGGGAAGCCGAAGCGGAACAAGCAGCUCGCGGAGCGGGACGCCGCCAUCGAGGCGCUGGGGUGGCUGACGCAGACCUCCGGCGUGAAGGCUCCGGACGAGAACGACGACGACUCGCCGCUGGACCUGACUGACAGCAUGCUCAAGCUCCUCACCAGGCCGAGGCGGCACUCGAAGAAUAGCUCUAGGAAACGGUGAUUUUUUGGGCGAGGAUUUGCUGUAGAUUGAUCGCGCACACGCACAAAAGGCAUAGAGAGAGAGAGAGAGAUAGGAAACGUCAGCUUUGGUUACACGAAUGCCUCAUGGUCUCGAUGUGUUGCUUUGUACAUUUUUUAUUUUUAUUUUUCCACGCUAUGUCAUCAG